UCUGCAUUUAUAAGGCGCCCCGGUGCGCGGAAAGGCACAAGCAUGCCUCGUCUCUAGAGAGGCAGAGCGUCGCUGCGACCUGGAGACGUUUUCUUUUUGGAUGAAAGACCCGUGCAGCCGCUGCUGAGGAAGCGCGCAGGAGUUUUACCACAAGUUCACUGCAGCAGGUCGUUUUUUUUUACAGCGACCUUGUUCUCAGGGAAACAUCCCUGGGGACACACAUAUACUCACACACAAGCACACACACACAGUCCCACACAGGCACCAUGCAGGAGUCAGAGCCCACAGUGUGCCAGCUGCAGCCCAACAUCAUCUCAGUGCGUCUUUUCAAGAGGAAGGUUGGUGGUCUGGGCUUUCUUGUGAAGCAGAGGGUGUCCAAGCCGCCUGUCAUCGUGUCUGACCUCAUCCGCGGUGGCGCGGCAGAGGAGUGUGGCCUGGUGCAGGUGGGCGACAUCGUCUUGGCUGUCAACAACAAGCCCCUGGUGGACCUGUCCUACGAACGGGCCCUGGAGACGCUGAAGAAUGUGUCCCCUGAGAGCCACGCCGUGCUGAUCCUUCGUGGGCCCGAGGGCUUCACCACCCACCUGGAGACCACCCUGUCUGGAGAUGGCCGCCAGCGCACAGUGAGGGUCACGCGUCCUGCUUUCCCGCCCUCAAAGUCCUACGAGCACUGCUCCCCUCUCAGCCCAUUCAGCCCUGGGCAGCAGCAGCAGGUCAACAAGGAGCCCCAGCUUAGAGCCAUUGAGAACCUGUCCUCUCCGUCCAUCACCCAGUCCCUCCUGCAGAGGGGAGGCGUGCAGACCCAGGACCCCCUGCUGAUGAGGGACGGGAGUCGUGGCACUCUCUUGUGUAAUGGGCUGGAGGAGAACAACGAGCUACUGAAGGAGAUUGAACCGGUGUUGCGGCUCAUCAAGAACAGCAAAAGGGAGAUCAAUGGAGAAGGCCAGAGGAAUGUGGGGAGAAGAGAUGCCGAGAUUCAAGUGGCCUGGGACCUCGGCGUGGGAAAUGGCACGUCUCCCCAGCUGGCGUCAGAUAACGACAGAAUGCUGGAAAACAUGCCGGUGGUGCUCCACAACGCUGACACUGACAAGCCCCCGGCCCAGGGCAGGUCCUCCCCCACUAAGUCGCUGCAGAACGGAAGCCCCUCCAAGUGCCCCCGCUUCAUCAAGAUCAAGAACUGGGAGACUGGCACCGUCUACAGCGACACGCUCCACCACAGCUCCAGCAAGAUGCCAGUCUGUUCUGAAAAUGUGUGCCUCGGCUCUGUGAUGAUACCCAACCAGCACGUCCGCAAAUCAGAUGAGGUCAGAACCAAAGAGGAGCUUCUUCCACUGGCCACUGACUUCAUAGACCAGUACUACACCUCCAUCAAAAGAAAUGGCUCUAAGGCACAUGUGGACAGACUGGAGGAGGUGACCAAGGAGAUUGAAGCCUCAGGAACGUAUCAGCUGAAAGACACCGAACUGAUUUAUGGGGCCAAGCACGCCUGGAGGAAUGCUGCCCGUUGCGUCGGGAGGAUCCAGUGGUCCAAACUGCAGGUUUUUGAUGCUAGAGACUGCACAACAGCUCAUGGAAUGUACAACUACAUCUGUAACCACAUCAAGUACGCCACCAACAAAGGCAACCUGAGGUCGGCUAUCACCAUAUUUCCUCAGAGGACAGAUGGCAAACAUGACUUUCGAGUGUGGAACAGUCAGCUGAUUCGUUAUGCUGGAUACAAGCAGCCUGAUGGACAGAUCCACGGAGACCCCGCAAAUGUUGAAUUUACAGAGAUCUGCAUGCAGCUGGGAUGGAAAGCUCCGAAGGGUCGUUUUGAUGUCCUGCCCCUCCUGCUGCAAGCCAAUGGAAACGACCCUGAGCUGUUUGAGAUUCCUGAAGACCUCAUCUUGGAGGUGCCCAUCACACAUCCAAAGUACGAGUGGUUCAAGGACCUGGAGCUGAAGUGGUACGGCCUACCGGCUGUCUCCAACAUGCUGCUGGAGAUCGGCGGCCUGGAGUUCACCGGCUGCCCCUUCAGUGGCUGGUACAUGGGCACAGAGAUUGGCGUGAGGGACUUCUGUGACAGCUCACGUUACAACAUUCUGGAGGAAGUUGCUAACAAGAUGGCAUUGGACACCAGAAAGACUUCCUCCCUUUGGAAAGACCAGGCACUGGUGGAGAUAAACAUUGCUGUUCUUCACAGCUUUCAGUCAUGCAAAGUGACCAUAGUAGACCAUCACUCAGCCACAGAGUCCUUCAUGAAGCACAUGGAGAAUGAGUACCGGGUGCGCGGAGGCUGUCCCGGAGACUGGGUGUGGAUUGUGCCUCCCAUGUCUGGAAGUAUCACACCAGUUUUCCACCAAGAAAUGCUCAACUACCGACUCACCCCUUCCUUUGAGUACCAGCCUGAUCCCUGGAAUACUCAUGUGUGGAAAGGAGUCAACGGGACGCCCACAAAGAAAAGAGCCAUCGGAUUCAAGAAACUUGCCAAGGCUGUGAAGUUUUCGGCCAAGCUCAUGGGCCAGGCCAUGGCCAAGAGGGUGAAAGCCACCAUACUGUUUGCCACGGAGACGGGCAAAUCACAAGAUUAUGCCAAAACUCUUUGUGAAAUCUUCAAGCACGCUUUUGACGCAAAGGUCAUGUCUAUGGAUGAAUAUGAUGUGGUGGACCUGGAGCAUGAGACGCUGGUGUUAGUGGUGACCAGCACAUUCGGCAACGGUGAUCCACCUGAAAACGGAGAGAAAUUUGGAGGUGCCUUAAUGGAGAUGCGGCACCCGACAUCCAACACAGAAGAUAGAAAGAGCUACAAGGUCCGUUUCAACAGCGUGUCCUCCUACUCUGACACUCGCAAAUCCUCCAGUGACGAGCCAGAAGCCAGGAUUAACUUUGAGAGUACAGGGCCUCUCGCUAAUGUCAGUGUAAGGUUUGCUGACCAGUUUGAGAAGAGGAGCCGACAAAAAUGUUGCCCGAGGUUUAAAAUGAAGUUCUCAGUGUUUGGCCUUGGCUCCAGGGCCUACCCACACUUCUGCGCCUUUGCCCACGCUGUGGACACGCUGUUUGAAGAGCUGGGAGGGGAGCGCAUCCUACGCAUGGGGGAAGGAGAUGAGCUGUGUGGCCAGGAGGAGUCAUUCAGAACCUGGGCCAAGAAGGUUUUCAAGGCUGCCUGUGACGUGUUCUGUGUUGGCGAUGAUGUGAACAUCGAGAAGGCCAACGACUCCCUGAUCAGCAAUGACCGCAGCUGGAAGAAGAGCAAGUUCCGCCUGACGUACACAGCCGAGGCCCCGGCCCUCACAGACGCAUUGUACAGUAUUCACAAGAAGAGGGUUUAUGGAGCAAAGAUGCUAGAAUCUCAAAACUUGCAAAGUCCCAAAUCCAAUCGCUCCACCAUAUUUGUGCGGCUCCACACAAACAACCACGACAGGCUGAGCUACCAUCCCGGUGACCAUCUGGGCAUCUUCCCUGGCAACCAUGAGGACCUGGUGACAGCUCUCAUCGAUAAACUGGAGGAUGCUCCACCUGUCAAUCAAAUUGUGAAAGUGGAGUUUCUGGAGGAGAGGAACACUGCCCUAGGUGUAAUUAGUAACUGGACAAAUGAGACUCGUAUCCCUCCCUGCACCAUCUACCAGGCCUUCCAGUACUUCCUGGACAUCACCACCCCACCGAGCCCGGUGCUACUGCAGCAGUUUGCUGCUCUGGCAACCAAUGACAAGCAGAAAAAGAAACUAGAGAUCCUCAGUAAGGGCUUGCAGGAGUAUGAGGAGUGGAAGUGGUACAACAAUCCGACACUGGUGGAGGUGCUGGAGGAGUUCCCCUCCAUCCAGAUGCCCUCCACGCUGCUGCUCACUCAGCUGCCCCUGCUGCAGCCUCGCUACUACUCCAUCAGCUCCUCUCCAGACAUGCAUCCAGGAGAGAUCCACCUCACCGUCGCUGUGGUCUCUUACCGUGCCCGAGAUGGAGCAGGACCUAUCCACCACGGAGUGUGUUCGUCGUGGCUCAACAGGAUAGAAAAGGGAGAGAUGGUGCCGUGUUUUGUCCGAAGUGCACCAUCAUUCCAACUUCCCAAAGACAACCAAGCACCUUGCAUCCUGGUGGGUCCGGGAACAGGUAUCGCCCCGUUCAGAAGCUUCUGGCAACAGAGACUAUACGACCUUGAACACAACGGAAUUGAGGCAUACCCCAUGAUCCUGGUGUUCGGCUGUCGGCAGUCUGAGAUGGACCACAUCUACAAAGAGGAGACCAUCCAGGCCAAGAACAAAGAAGCGUUCAAGGAGCUCUACACGGCCUAUUCCAGAGAACCCGGCAAACCAAAGAAAUAUGUACAGGAUGUACUGCGCGAGCAGCUGUCAGAGACGGUGUACCAGUGCCUGAAGGAGGAGGGAGGACACAUCUACGUGUGUGGGGAUGUUACGAUGGCUGGAGAUGUUCUCAAGACUGUCCAGCAAAUCAUCAAGCAGCAGGCCAACAUGACCCUGGAGGAUGCUGGCUUCUUCAUCAGCAAGCUGCGGGAUGAGAACCGCUACCACGAGGACAUCUUUGGUGUCACCCUGCGUACUUAUGAGGUCACCAACCGGCUUCGUUCAGAGUCCAUUGCCUACAUUGAGGAGAGCAAAAAGGACUCAGAUGAGGUUUUCUGCUCGUAGGUCUGUGAAUUGAGGGGCUUUCUGACAACCAGUCUGGAGGACACAGCAACGCUGGUUAAAAAAUACUGUGCCAAUUUUUCUACUACUAAAAAAAAACCCAAUGGAUUUCUUUCUUCUUUUUUUUAUACCACUUUAAUGUUUCUGUUGGGCUCUGCAAUUUCGUCUGUAGCAAGUUGGAAAUGUUCUGUUCUCUGAGAAUAUGUUUUGCUCGUUGAUACUUCCAAAAACUAUAAAAUUGAUCAUUUUUGAUUCAUAAUGUGUGCACCUAGUGUAAUGACCUGCCUCAUUGUGAAUGCAUGACCAAUACAAGAAUAUACUCAAGAAAUAUACUA